AGGUGGUUUGCAAUUUAAUGGAACCAUCUCUCCAAUGGUGCCCGGUACAGGCCACAUGAUCUCCUGCAAUGAUUUUGCAAAGUUUUUGCAAAUAAAGUCGCUCAGAUUAAGAGAGGCAGACUCCCCCGUGGGAGCAGGGCGGGGGCUGGUGAGUGCUAGAGUCCUGUCUAGUAAAGUUGCGUGGGAUCAAUUCCAAUCUGUUAUGUCCGAGGAUGUGGACAGGCUGCUUAGAUGAGUGAAACCAACCACCUGUCUCCUUGAUCCUUGCCCAUCCUGGCUCAUAAAAUCUAGCCGGGAAGGGCUGGGCGAUGGGCUCCAUGGGGUGGUGAAUGCUUCUCUCUGUGAGGGAGCCUUCCCAGACACACUGAAAGAGGCAGUUACAGUGGUACCUCAGGUUAAGAACUUAAUUCGUUCUGGAGAUCUGUUCUUAACGUGAAACUGUUCUUAACCUGAAGCACCACUUUAGCUAAUUGGGCCUCCUGCUGCCGCUGUACAAUUUCUGUUCUCAUCCUGAAGCAAAGUUCUUAACCCAAGGUAAUAUUUCUGGGUUAGCGAAGUCUGUAACCUGAAGCGUAUGUAAUCCGAGGCACCACUGUAUUAAACUGCUUCUUAAAAAAAAAUCUUUAGACCCAGCCAAUACAGCCAACUAUCGCCCAGUCUCAAAUCUUCCAUUCUUUGGCAAGGUGCAUGAGUGGGUGGUUGUUGAACAACUCCAGGGACGCCUGGAAGAUGUGGACCAUUUGGAUCCCUUCCAGUUGGGAUUCAGGCCUCAUCAUGGGACUGAAACUGACCUGGACACGAUAAUUUCCGGCGGGCUAGGGACAAAGGUGAGAGCUAUUUCCUAGAUCUGCUGGAUCUUUCAGAGGCUUUUGACACCAUUGGCCAUAACAUCCUUCUGGAUCAACUAGAGGGGCUGGGAGCUGGAGGAACUGUUAUACACUGGGGCUUGUUCAGAAAGUGGUGUUGGGGGAUGAGUGUUCAGACCCCUGAGCUCUCACUUGUGGGGUGCCUCAGGGUUCCGUCCUCUCCCCAUGCUUUUCAGAUUUCUACAUGAAGCCGCUGGGAGAGAUCAGGGGGUUUGGGCUGGAUGUUCAUCAGUAUGCGGAUACCCAGCUCUACCUCUCUUUCAAAUCAGAACCAGUGAAGAUGAUGAAGGUCCUGUGUGAGUGUCUGGAGGUGGUUGGAGGAUGGAUGGCAGCUAACAUAUUAAAGUUGAAUGCUGACAAGGUAGAUGUCCUUUUUGGGAGACAGGAGGCAGGCAGGUGUGGAGAACUCCCUGGUCCUGAAUGGGGUAACUGUGCCCCUAAAGGACCAGGUGCACAGCCUGGCGGUCAUUUUGGAUUUGCAGCUGUCAAUGGAAGCGCAGGUCAAUUCUGUGUCCAGGGCAGCUGUUUACCAGCUCAAUCUGGUACGCAGGCUAAGACCCUAUCUGCCCUUAGACUGUAUUGCCAGAGUAGUGUAUGCUCCAGUUAUCUCCUGUUUGGACUACUGCAAUGCGCUCUACGUGGGGCUACCUGUGUAAGUGGUCCCGAAACUGCAACUAAUCCAGAAUGCGGCGGCUAGACUGGUGACAGGAGGAGAGUCUCCACCCCCAUCGUUCUGCCUGGACAUGGAGGUCCAGUACCAAGAGCCUUCUGGCGGUUGCCUCACUCCGAGAAGUGAAGUUACUCCCUGUGGAAUACCCUCCCACCAGAUGUCAAAGGAAAAAACAGCCACCAGGCUUUAAAAGACAUCUGAAGGCUGCCCUGUUUAGGGAAGCUUUUAAUAUCUGAAGGACUAUUGUAUUUCAAUAUUUUGUUGGAAGCCACCAAGAGUGGCUCUGCCGCAGGGAAAGCCAGCCAGAUGGGUGUGGCAUAAAUUAUUGUUAUUAUUGUUGCUGUUGCUAUUAUUAUUACUGAAAACAAACACUGCCAAAUUCUUUUCUGUACAUCCAAAGACUUGACAGUAAUCUUCACUUCCCAGGAAAUCUGGUAAAACCUGAGUGGAAAACUCCAUACAUUUAUAUGGUUUCCCGCCUGUGUGAAUUUUCUUAUGGAUAGUAAGGUCUUCACUCCCUCUGAAGCUCUUUCCACGUUUCAUAAAUCUGGCUUUCCCCAUGUGAGUCAGAGGAUGUUUCCUAAGGUUCCAUAUUGACUUAAGCUUCUCCACUGUGGGAGUUCGCCAAUGUAAUGUAAGUUUAUCCUUCCUGUUGAAGCUCUUCCCACAUUCAAUACGUUCCAAUGGUUUCUCCCCUGUAUGAGUUAGUUGGUGUAUUCUAAGUGCUCUACUUUUGCUGCAGCUCCUUCCACAUGCCAUACAUUAAAAUGGUUUCUUCCCCAUGUGUUAGUUGGUGUCUUAUAAGUUGUCGAUAUGGACUGAAGCUCUUUCCACAUUCUUUCCACAUUCAGUACAUUUAAAUGGCUUCUCCGGUGUGAGUUCGUUGAUGUUUCCUAAAGUGUCCAUUUUGACUGAAGCUCCUUCCACAUUCAAUACAUUUAAAUGGUUUCUCCCCCGUGUGAGUUUGUUGGUGUAUUCUAAGUGUUCCAUUUUGACUGAAGCUCUUCCCCCUUUCAAUACAUUUAAAUGGUUUCUCCCCUGUGUGAGUUCGUUGGUGUAUUCUAAGUGUUCCAUUUUGACUGAAGCUCUUCCCCCUUUCAAUACAUUUAAAUGGUUUCUCCCCCGUGUGAGUUCGUUGAUGUCUUCUAAGUUUUCCAUUUUGACUGAAGCACUUUCCACAUUCAAUACAUUUAAAUGGUGUCUCCCCGUGUGAGUUUGUUGAUGUUGUCUAAGGUUUCCACUAUCAUUGAAGCUCUUUCCACAUUCAAUACAUUCAAAUGGUUUCUCCCCUGUGUGAGUUCGUUGAUGUCUUCUAAGUGUUCCAUUUUGACUGAAGCACUUUCCACAUUCAAUACAUUUAAAUGGUGUCUCCCCCGUGUGAGUUUGUUGAUGUUGUCUAAGGUUUCCACUAUCAUUGAAGCUCUUUCCACAUUCAAUACAUUCAAAUGGUUUAUCCCCUGUGUGAGUUCGUUGGUGCAAUCUAAGUGUUCCAUUUUGACUGAAGCACUUUCCACAUUCAAUACAUUUAAAUGGUUUCUCCCCCGUGUGAGUUCCUUCGUGUAUUCUAAGGUUUCCAUUUUGACUGAAGCUUUUUCCACAUUUAAUACAUUUAAAUGGUUUCUCCCCCGUGUGAGUUUGUUGGUGUAUUCUAAGUGUUCCAUUUCGACUGAAGCUCUUUCCACAUUCUAUACAUUUAAAUGGUUUCUCCCCCGUGUGAGUUCGUUGAUGUCUUCUAAGGUCUCCACUUCCACUGAAGCUCUUUCCACAUUCAAUACAUUCAAAUGGUUUCUCCCCCAUGUGAGUUCGUUGGUGUCUUCUAAGGUUUCCAUAUCGACUGAAGGUCUUUCCACAUUCAAUACAUUUAAAUGGUUUCUCCCCCGUGUGAGUUCGUUGGUGCAAUCUAAGUGUUCCAUUUUGACUGAAGCUCUUUCCACAUUCAAUACAUUUAAAUGGUUUCUCCCCCGUGUGAGUUCCUUCGUGUAUUUGAAGGUGUUCAUUUCUACUAAAGCUAUUUCCACAUUCAAUACAUUUAAAUGGUUUCUCCCCCGUGUGAGUUCGUUGAUGUCUUCUAAGGUCUCCACUUCCACUGAAGCUCUUUCCACAUUCAAUACAUUCAAAUGGUUUCUCCCCCAUGUGAGUUCGUUGGUGUCUUCUAAGGUUUCCAUAUCGACUGAAGCUCUUUCCACAUUCAAUACAUUCAAAUGGUUUCUCCCCUGUGUGAGUUCGUUGGUGUAUUCUAAGUGUUCCAUUUCGACUGAAGCUCUUUCCACAUUCAAUACAUUCAAAUGGUUUCUCCCCUAUGUGAGUUCGUUGGUGUAUUCUAAGUGUUCCAUUUUGACUAAAGCUCUUUCCACAUUCAAUACAUUUAAAUAGUUUCUCCCCUGUGUGAGUUCGUUGAUGUCUUCUAAGUUUUCCAUUUUGACUGAAGCACUUUCCACAUUCAAUACAUUUAAAUGGUGUCUCCCCCGUGUGAGUUUGUUGAUGUUGUCUAAGGUUUCCACUAUCAUUGAAGCUCUUUCCACAUUCAAUACAUUCAAAUGGUUUCUCCCCCGUGUGAGUUCGUUGGUGCAAUCUAAGUGUUCCAUUUUGACUGAAGCACUUUCCACAUUCAAUACAUUUAAAUGGUUUCUCCCCCAUGUGAGUUCGUUGGUGUCUUCUAAGGUUUCCAUAUCGACUGAAGCUAUUUCCACAUUCAAUACAUUUAAAUGGUUUCUCCCCCGUGUGAGUUCGUUGAUGUCUUCUAAGGUCUCCACUUCCACUGAAGCUCUUUCCACAUUCAAUACAUUCAAAUGGUUUCUCCCCCGUGUGAGUUCGUUGAUGUCUUCUAAGGUCUCCACUUCCACUGAAGCUCUUUCCACAUUCAAUACAUUCAAAUGGUUUCUCCCCUGUGUGAGUUCGUUGGUGUAUUCUAAGUGUUCCAUUUCGACUGAAGCUCUUUCCACAUUCAAUACAUUCAAAUGGUUUCUCCCCUAUGUGAGUUCGUUGGUGUAUUCUAAGUGUUCCAUUUUGACUGAAGCUCUUUCCACAUUCAAUACAUUUAAAUGGUUUCUCCCCUGUGUGAGUUCGUUGAUGUCUUCUAAGUUUUCCAUUUUGACUGAAGCACUUUCCACA